AUCGCUGAAAUAAAUAAAUAAAUACUUAUGUAACAAUCUCAUUUUAUUAUUUACCCGGGAAUACUCUCUUCCGCAAUAAAUAUUCCAUCCCAAAUUUAAAAGUUUGAAAUGUCAGCCACACCCACUUCCAGCAGUAGUAAAAGGAAGGAGACUCCCAUCAGCAGCAAGGGUAGUGCCAAGAAGAAGAAGGGAGAAAAAAGUGAGACUGAAGGGACGGAGAAAAAGUUUCGAUAUUUAGUGCCGGAUAGUGAUGAUAACAGCGGCGGAGAAGAGGAGAAGGAAGGUCAAGUUAGACCAGAGUGGAAGAUAGUUCCUGCGCCACGGGAUCCACCCACCCGACCCAACUCUAAAUAUGUACAGACUCGGAAAGAGAUUCAGGUUCGAGCGGAUAAGCCCACCCCUCCUUGGUGGAAAAUGGCUAAAGUUUUAAAAACUGAAAAAAAGCAGUCCACUCAGCCGAAAGAUCAGUCUGACAAUAAGUUGAGGGCUUUCUUCUUCAAAUUAAAUGAGGAACUCAAGAAAAAGGAUGAGGAGGAGGAGAAAGUGGAUGAAAUGGAGGUCGAGGAGGUUCUUUCCGGUCAGUCUGACAAUAUCUGGAGCCACCCCCGAAACAAUCAAAAUUAAGAACAGUGAGUGGACUGAUGACAUGCGGAAGAGGGUGGUGGGAUACCUGGAGAAAGUUGGGAUGGAUGGGUUGCCAGUGCCCGAAACCAAUUAUAAUGUGGCGUAUAAAUCUGGCUUGCUCAUGAUAAUUAGCAAAACUACUACCAUCCCGGUAUGCUAUCAAUUAGGAUGUUUCAGUACUCAUGGCGCAAGGGUGACGAAAUUCCCAAAAUGUCUGAAGCACAAGGGGGAGAAGACUGGAUUUGUAGUGGGCGAAUUUACGGACGGAGAAAAUAAUCGACACAACGUUAUCUUCCACGUGAUCACCUCAUUUACUUUCGACGAGGAUGACGAAGAAGAAGUAAAGGAGAGCAAUGCUACAACAAGUUUGAAAAAAGUGAUUGCUUACUCAGGUGCAAAAUCCACUAGUGAGAACGGCUGGCAGACCUACUGUCAAGAACGGAUUCUGAAGGGAAAGCCCAAACCGGAAGCUGUCGAAAUAGAGGGAACACGGACGAAUCGACGACGACGAUAUUUUGAUGAGGAAGAUGAUGCCAUGAAAAUAUAUUGUUCUCGACAGACUGUGACGCUUUUGAAGAUGCUACUCUGGCCUAACACCACCACUAAGAUAAUAUGCAUCAAUGAGAUGAUUAACUUUCCAAAUGGGGCCUACAAGGAAUUUAAGGAGGAGAUGGAUUUGUGGAAGAUGGAGCUGCGAGUUUACGAUACUCUGAAAAUGGAAGAUGCCAACAAGAUGAUUUCUCCCGUUCCAUAUCUCAAGGUGGCGAAAUCUGGGGACACCAUCGGGUCAAUGUUGAAGAGUGAGAAGAAGAAGAAGGGAGGUGACGAGGAGGAUGAUAAAAUGAAGACGGAGGAGAAAGUUGCCGUGUUGUACUGGGUCUCGAAUCCGUAUAUUCUGUAUGCUGGACAGGCCAUCAGUGUAUCCGUUCACAGUAACCCCAGCACGAGUGACCCACUGAUUUGUUACAAGCAACAAAUGGGUGGUGACCCAACCUACAAAAUAAUUCCCAUCGGAACAGUGAAGGAUGAUGAUAAGCACAAAUGGGAGGCUCAUCAUCAGAUUGCAGCAUUCUUCGCGUCAGUUCUCAAGAUGCAGAAUUGCAUCAACCCGGAUGACUACACCCUCCUGCCCCAAAACUCGACUACUUAUCCAUACGGCAUUAAUAAGCAGACCAGCUCGAAGCACUUUGAUAAGAAGUCACUGGGAAUCAUCAACGAGCUUAUGAAAAAGUAUUUUUGUAUUGAUGUGUAUUUGGGGGCGAAGGCUUUGGUCGAAAGUGGGGAGAGUGAAUUGUUCUUGUUUAAUUAAUGAUUGAUGUUUAUUUGGGUGCUGAAGUUAAAGUUUGAAUUCUAUGCAUUAAUUUAUUAUUUUAGGUGGUUUCUAUAAAUAAACUAAGCUGCUGUUUCAUACAA